UUGAAGUUGGUGGAAACAUCUCUAAAAGGCAAGAUUGCCUUUGACCCACGCAGUACCUAUUGCCUAUGGUUCGUGAUGGAUUUUUGUGAUGGAGGCGAUAUGAACGAGUACAUCUUAACAAGAAGGCCAAGUCGUCGAACAAACACCAGCUUCAUGCUGCAACUAAGUAGUGCACUUGCAUUUCUACACAAGAACCAGAUAAUACACCGUGACCUAAAGCCUGACAAUAUUCUGGUGUGUAAAGCACGUGAUGGUAUAGAUGAACCUACCUUGAAGGUGGCUGACUUUGGGCUGAGUAAAGUAUGUUCUACUUCAGGGUUGAACCCCGAAGAACCAGCCAGCGUCAACAAGAGCUUCUUAUCUACUGCUUGUGGCACUGAUUUCUAUAUGGCACCCGAGGUGUGGGAGGGCCAUUAUACAGCAAAAGCAGAUAUUUUUGCCUUAGGAGUAAUACUCUGGGCCAUGCUUGAACGCUUAACUAUCUUGGACAGUCACACCAAAAAAAUAUUGCUUGGUGGCUAUGUUCAACGGGGGACACAAACAGUUCCAGUGGGAGCAGCACUGCUUGAGAACCCCAAAAUGGAACUUCCUAUUCCCAUCAAGAAAAAAACCAUGAAUCAGCGCAUGAAACAAUUGUUGCAACAGAUGUUGUCUGUUAACCCUCAGGAGCGUCCAGAUGCCUUUCAGCUUGAACUACGUCUCAUUCAGAUUGCCUUCAGAGACUAUACAUGGGAAACGUGACAUCCACUAGAAUCAAAUGAGCUCAGAUUUGCAGGGCACCUUGAAUGGAAGAAGACUUUUUUUUUUACAUUGCCAUCCUAGUUAUUACAGUACAGAGUUCGUACUGAGGAGAAGUAGAAGUAGAAGAAAGUUAAAUGUUAGUGUGUUAUCUGCCACAUUCCUUACCUUUCUGAAAUACAUUAUACUCCUGUGUAGCAAAUUCAAUUUGGCAAGGGUUACCACGCCUGGGGGGUGACUCGGAAAAACUUAUUUACGAUGAUUGUUCCUUUCUCUAGGUUUCCCAAUGUUUGUUUUCUUUUUUAUACCUCCAACUGGGCUGCUACCAUAUUUACUAUCUCAUAGAUUUAGAUUAGACGUUUAACAUUGCACAUUCCAGUGGGAUUACUGGACUUCCCAAAGAAUGUAUGCGAUCAGCUGCUGCUGUGUGAAUUGUGUGGGUUCUUCUGAAUGUGUAUUUAUUAACACAUAAAGAUGCAUGUUUCUUGCUGUCAUUUUUGACAUCUUUAUCUUGGUAAGGUAGCUGUUUGAAUAGUUUAGUUAUAUGUUGAAAAGGCUGCUUGAGUUAUAUCUGGCCUUUUAUUGAGAAACACUUGCCCAUACACUCUGCGCAUACCAUACUGAUCUUCUGUGAUAAGCCUUUAUCUAGGAUCUA